AUGGCCACGCCGCAAAGCCCACGCAAAAUGGCGUCGCCGUCGCCGCCGACUACGCAGCGCCAGACGUUUUACAUUCAACUCGACAGCAACGUACCGGCGGAGAUCAACUUCAAGCAGCUUGUGGUCCAAAACGCACGUCCAGUCGAGCUCUCUUUGUCCAGCGCGAGUCCUGCAACCCCAACGUCUCCGUCGGUGUCAGGAACAGCGAACCCCGAGGCCGUGCCGUCUACGACGCGUCCACAGCGCUUUAACAUCAUUGAAUACCUCGAGAAACGCUAUGGAAGUGGUGCUGUGCUGCACGAUAGGGACGACAAGGCCAGCGGCAGGGGCGACAGCUUUGACCGUCGAGACGACGACGAUCUGUACGACUCGGAGGACUCGUUCAUCGACGAUGCCGAGCUGCAGCAGCACAUUGAGGACGUGCGGGACCAUAGCAAAGUCAAGACAAAGCACGCUGGCUUUUUCGUGAAUGCAGGCGAGGAGAUUGAGACGCUGGAGAAGGAGGAAGACGACGAGGACGACCCGGACUGUGGUGGUGGCGGCGGAGAGCACAAGACCAAGCGAGGCAAGAAGAAGCGGACCGUGCAUGGAGCGCUGCGGUCGUUCUUAGAAGAGCUGCCAGAGGGCGUGAGUGACUGGCAGCCGGACGAAGAGACGGUGAAGCGACUGGAGGUGCUACGCACGGCCGUGCAGGAGUUGGCAGAGACAGCGCCGAUUCCCAAGGUGUUUCCGAGAUCACUGGAUGGACCGCUGCGGGCCGUCGAUAAGCUCGUGGUGGACGCUCAUCCGAACAAGUGGCGAGUGACGGGAUACUUUGCGACGCUUAUGACGUUCUUGCCGUACACGAAGCAGUACUUGAAGUCGAACAUGCUGAGACUGGAAGCGCGAGAUGUCGCGAAGAACGAGAGGGAGAAAUUGGAUGGUGCUUUUGAGACGCUGGCUGAGCUUGUCGUGGCGUACGGAACGCGAGCUGCAGUAGAGCCAGUGGAUGUGGUGAUGGCAGACAUUGCAGUGGACAAAGAAUUUGGCGCAAAGCUACAUGGAGUGCUUGAGCUUCAGGAUGAAUGGGUCGCAAAAGAAAAUGACUAUCGGCAAAUGCUGAAGACCGAGGAUAAGAAGCACAUGAUGGAGCCAGACUAUAAGCCCCUUAACCAUCGCCAGGAGCGUAAUCGAAUGUUUAACCGGGUUCUCGCACUAUUUCCUUCUGGUCUAACUGAUCUGCAAACACUGCGCGCCUUGAACAAAGCCGCCAAGGCGAAGGUACCCAAGAAGCCCGCACAGCCAAAGACGCUUGCCAAGGGUACUGUCCCAACAGCAAAGAAGAAAUCGACCGAGCCAACUAUCGUGACAAAUGCUUCCGCCAAACGAUCGAUAAAGCCCUUCAAGUCGCGCAUGAUGGACGAUUGUCCACCUUUCGUAGAGGAUGACUUCGAGGAGAUAGAACAAUGA